AUGAACGAGGCUUCCAGAAACGGCACGAUCAACCUUCACACCGAGUACCAAGAACAGUUCCAGUUCCGGCAUCUACCAAGAGAGCUGUCACCACCACCAAGAAAUCCUUAUACAAUGACGCCCACAAAACAAUACUACACGAAGGCAGCAAAGGACGCCUACAAGCCGGUCGACCCCUCGGCGUACAAGCGCGAGAGGCCGCUGGAGGAGGAGGAAGAGGUGGGCCCGCGCCACGUUGACCCCGACCACUUCCGCUCCACGACGCAAGACGCCUACAAGCCGGUCGACCCCUCGGCGUACAGGCGCGAGAGGCCGCAGGAGGAGGAGGAAGAGGUGGGCCCGCGCCACGUUGACCCCGACCACUUCCGCUCCACGACGCAA